AUGAACAAUGAUUUGCUUCCAAAUAGUUCUGAGAAAGACCUGGACACAACCUUGACAGCUUGUGAGAGGGGUUCUCAGGCUGUUGGUGAAGAGUGUGGAAUGGCCUCCCUCACGUUUGGGGCAAGAGCAGCUCCCAUAAGACUGGCUGAAGUGAGAAGGAAUGAGACUGAUGAACAAGAAAGGGACAAUUUCUACAAAAAAAAAUGCUUGGUUCUAGGAUUGCUUGCUUUUUUACGGGCCAAAUUGGUCAUUGAAGGCAGAGAAGAGGAAGAACAGACCUGUCAGCUGCUGGGCGAAUUUGAUUUGAAUGGUUAUGUAGAUGCUAAAAACCAUUCUCUUGUUAUUAGAGGACUGUUUCCUGUUCACUCCAGGACCAUCCCAGCUAAUGAGUCUAUUUUGGAGCCAGUAUCAGCAAAAUGUGAAGGCUUCAACUUCCGGGGAUUCCGCUGGUUGAAAACCAUGAUCCAUACCAUCAAGGAGAUUAAUGAAAGGAAGGAUAUUUUGCCCAACAUCACUAUGGGCUAUCAAAUCUUUGAUAUCUCUUUCACUAUCUCCAAAUCUGUGGAAGCGGCUUUGGUUUUCCUUACAGGGCAGGAAGAAAACAAGCCCAAUUUUAGAAACAGUACCAGAGCAAUGCUGGCCGGAAUUGUUGGAGCAGGCGGGUCAUCUUUGUUGGUUGCUGCUUCAAGAGUUCUAGGGUUGUACUAUUUACCUUAGGCGGGCUAUGCCUCUACCUGCUCAAUUCUUAGUGACAAGUACCAAUUUCCAUCUUAUCUUCACACAGUAGCCAGUAAUAAGAUCCAGUCAGAGGCCGUGGUACAACUUAUCCAACAUUUUGGUUGGGUCUGGAUAGGUGCCAUAGCAGCUGAUGAUGAUUAUGGAAAAUAUGGAGUAAAAAAUUUUAAGGAAAAAAUUGAUGUCAAUCUUUGUGUUGCGUUCUCCAAAACUGUUCCCAAAGUCUAUUCUAGGAAAAUGCAAAAAGCUAUCUAUGCUAUAAAGAACUCUACUGCCAGAGUCAUUGUGCUUUGUGCAUCUGAUAUUGACCUAACUCCUUUUGUGCUGGAAAUCGUUUACCAUAACAUAACUGACAGAACAUGGAUAGCGAGUGAAGCCUGGAUCACCUCAGCCCUCAUUGCAAAGCCUGAGUAUUUCCCGUAUUUUGGUGGAAGCAUUGGAUUUGCGAUACCAAGAGCUGACAUACCAGGAAUAAAAGAAUUUCUUUAUGAUGUACAUCCUGGCAAGGAUCCAAAUGAUGUCCUGACUGUUGAAUUUUGGCAAACUGCUUUUAAUUGUACUUGGCCCAAUAGUAGUGUUCCAUACAACAUUGACCAUAGAGUGAAUAUGACUGGUAAAGAGGACAGAUUAUAUGCCAUGUCUGACAAAUUCUGUACUGGAGAGGAGAAGUUGGAAGAUCUUAAAAAUAAUACCUAUCUGGAUGUGUCUCAGCUAGGAAUUACAAACAAUGUCAAACAAGCCAUGUAUUCUAUGGCAAUUGCCCUGGAUCGUCUGAGUAGAUGUGAAGAAGGAAAUGGACCAUAUAUACCUGGAAACACCUGUGCAUAUAUACCUGAUUUUGAGCCCUGGCAGUUAAUGUACUAUUUGAAGACACUUAAGUCUACAACGCAUAAUGGCAUGAGAAUAGAAAUCGGUGAUAAUGGAGAUGUGGCUGGAUACUAUGAUAUUCUUAAUUGGCAAUUAGAUGAUAAUGGAGAGAUUGCCUUUGUGAAGGUUGGAGAAUAUAUAUUCACAAACUCUAAAUUUGAACUUGUGAUGAUUAAGAAUGUAACAAUAUUUUGGAACACUGAAUCAUCAGAGCUUCCCUAUUCUAUCUGUACUGAUCUGUGUCAACCUGGGACCCGGAAAGGGAUUCGUCAUGGAGAACCAAUAUACUGCUUUGAUUGCAUCCCAUGUGCUGAUGGAUAUGUGUCACGGGAACCAGGUCAAAGGAAGUGUGAACAAUGUGGUGAAGAUUAUUGGUCAAAUGCACAAAAGAGCAAGUGUGUGCUGAAGGAGGUGGAAUUCCUGGCUUAUGAUGAGGCCCUGGUAUUCACGCUUGUCAUUCUUUCCAUAUUUGGGGCACUUGUGGUCUUAGCAGUCACAGUUGUGUAUGUGAUAUACAGGCACACUCCACUUGUGACUGCCAAUGACCAGGAGCUAAGCUUUCUCAUCCAGGUUUCUCUUGUCAUCACACUGCUCUCUUCCAUGCUUUUCGUUGGCAAACCAUACAACUGGUACUUCAUGGCACAUCAGGUCACUCUGGCACCGGGCUUUUCUCUUUGCCUGUCUUGUAUUCUUGGAAAGACUACUUCACUGUUUUUAGCCUACAGAAUUUCCAAAUCGAAAACCUGACUUACAUCCAUCUGCCCUCUUUAUUGGAAAAUCAUUGUGUUAAUUUCUGUUCUAGUCGAAAUUGGCAUAUGCACAGCCUACUUAUUAUUGGAACCCCCAAGGAUGUACAAGAACAUGGAAUCUCAAAAUAUAAAGAUUAUCCUGGAAUGUAAUGAAGGUUCUAUAGAAUUUUUGUGCUCUAUAUUUGGGAUGUAUGUCUUCUUGGCUUUGCUGUGCUUUCUUACAACCUUUGUGGUUCACCAACUGCUGGAUAAUUAUUAUGAAGGAAAAUGCAUCACCUUUGUAAUGCUGGUCUUUUUUAUUGUCUGGAUCUCUUUUGUCCCUGCUUACUUGAGCACCAAAGGCAAAUUUAAAGUGGCCGUGGAAAUAUUUGCUAUCUUGGCAUCCAGCUAUGGUUUGUUGGGUUGUAUAUUUGCUCCCAAGUGCUUCAUUAUUUUGGUGAGGCCAAAAAGGAACACGGAUGAAAUUGUUGGUGGAAGAAUCCCUACCAUAGAUAAAAGCAUCCAACUAUCUUCAGCCUCUGUGAGCAGUGAGCUCAGCAAUACCACUAUGUCAACUGUUCUGGAUGACUAGAAUCAUGGGUCACACGUGUUCUUUAGAGCUGCAAUGGUGACAUGGUUCAACAUUCCCUCCCUUUCAGGUGGCUCCCACAGCAGUUGCCAGAUUCCCUGGGGUGAUACCGAGGUUUUGGGUUCUGGUAGUAUAGUCAAAGUAUAGCAUGUGAAAUCUCAUUCUCUCAGACACUAUUUAGCAUAAAUCAGAAUAGCUGUUACUAUUGAAGUUUUACCACCUCAUUAAAACAUUUCACAAUGCUUUGGUAUAAGGAUUGUAUAGUAGAGGAUAUAAUAGGUACAAGUAAUAUAACAUGGUGGAUAGAAAUAUUUGGGUCUUGAAUAUUUUCUCCCCCCUUAUAUCAUGGACAUCUAGAAAUUUACAUUAGACAGAGCUACCUUAUGGGGACCAAAACAGAUAUCUUGUUCUCCAUUCUGUUAAUGCUUCUACGGAAUAGAUAGCUUUUCUCUGACUGAGGUAGGAAUUACACACAGCUCAUAAAC